CUCGCCAAUACUCAGUACUGUACCCAUCGAAACUCUACUCUCAUAGGAGCGAGAUGAGAGGACCCCGUUUUGCCACCAUAUCAGUCUCACCGUCACCGUUCGCCGGCUCCUUCACCGCCGUUCGCCAGCGACACUGCUUUCCACCGCCGGCCGUGCAAGGACCUCUAGGGUUUGACGGCGGCACUAACAAGUACUGGGACAAGUUCUACAAGCGCCACCAAAACAAGUUCUUCAAGGACCGGCAUUACUUGGAUAAGCAUUGGGGGAAAAACUUCUCCGAUGAUAGUUCCGCAUCUCCGAAUGGGAAGGUCGUUUUGGAGUGGCAGGUUGGUUGUGGAGCAUGCAAUACUGUAUUUCCCCUGGUUGCUAAAUAUCCUAAACUAUUUGUUCACGCCUGUGACUUCUCGCCCCAUGCGAUUAUCCUUGUUAAGUCACAUGUGGAUUUCAAUGAAGACCAAGUCAAUGCUUUUCUUUGUGAUGUUGUGACUGAUGAUCUCUGUGACACAAUGAUGCCUUCUUCUAUUGAUGUUACCUUGCAGAUUUUUAUGUUGUCUGCAGUUUGUCCAACGAAGAUGCAUUUGAUACUACAGAAUGUCAAGAAAGUAUUAAAGGUAGAGUUGGAUCAGAGGAAUCAGAUGAUUAGUGAGAACUUCUAUAUUCGAGGAGAUGGUACUAGCGCUUUUUACUUCUCUGAAGAAUUUUUGUCAACCUUGUUUGGAGGUGCUGGCUUCACCAUUGUAGAUAUGGAUAUAUACGGCAGACAGAUUCAGAAUCGUUCUCAGAACAUAACCAUGUCUGGGGAAGUUGAUAAAUUUUGAUGGACAUAUUUGACUUAAUUAUCACUGUUCCAUUACUGCACCUGCGAACUCUGAUAGUUGGAACUUGGAACUCAGAAUGAAUGUUAUCAAACGACAGCAAAAACAUACUGGCAAAUGAAUAUUUCUCCCCCGUAAACCAUGGUAGCUUGAUUAAUUUAAUACUAGGAUGGAUGUGAAAGAGCAUAGUGAUCCCGAGACACUUCAAAGA